CUCGCUGGUGGGUGUGUGUGGUGCAAGUGGUAACACCGUUCGUGAUUGUGUCGCGAAAGGGUGCCCACUGGGAAAACGUAUAUGCAUUUCGUACCUAUCAGCAUGGCGUCAUCUGACGUGCUCAGUGGCAUGGAAAUCAAACCGGAGCUGCAGGAGGUUGAAAUAGAAUCGAUUCCUGUGGAGAUGCCGGUGGACUCAGUGGAAGGUACCCAAAUGAUCGCCUUUCAAUCUUUGCACGAGCCUGGAGGCGAAGAAAUAAUUCUGCAGACACAGGAAGAGAUUGUUGGGGACGGCGCAGACGACAUAAACUACGAUAUACCGGUGCCAACAGAAGCAGAACUUGAUCUCGACUAUGGCACCAACUUUUCGAAGAGAAGCUUGAGCGCUCGUCGGCGACAGACUGCUUUAAAAGCAGCACGAUGUAAAAAUGAUUAUACUUAUGCGGAGGGAUCGUCAAAGAAAUGGGAGCAGAAACAAGUUCAGAUCAAAACACUGGAGGGUGAAUUCAGUGUGACGAUGUGGUCUUCUGGCGCCGAUGACGAUGAAUGUUCGAGAGACCCGCUGUCAGUGGAUGAUGCCAGUACCCCAGAGCCCGACCCCGACUACACCGAGUACAUGAUGGGCAAGAAGAUCCCGGCUGAGGGCAUCCCGGGGCUGGAUCUAUCCGACCCCAAGCAGCUGGCCGAAUUCGCGCGCAUUAAGCCCAAGAAGCAGACAGAUGAUGCGCCGCGCACCAUUGCCUGUCCACACAAGGGCUGCUCCAAGAUGUUCCGCGACAACUCGGCCAUGCGGAAGCACCUGCACACGCACGGACCGCGUGUGCAUGUGUGCGCCGAGUGUGGCAAGGCGUUCGUCGAGAGCUCCAAACUGAAGCGGCACCAGCUGGUGCACACCGGGGAGAAGCCGUUCCAGUGUACAUUCGAAGGCUGUGGAAAGCGAUUCUCGCUGGACUUCAACCUGCGGACCCAUGUGCGCAUCCACACUGGCGACCGGCCGUAUGUGUGCCCGUUCGAUGGGUGCAGCAAGAAGUUCGCCCAGUCCACCAACCUCAAGUCGCACAUACUCACCCACGCCAAGGCCAAUGGAAGAAACAACCCGAACCGGCAAAACAUGGAUCCGAUGGCACAUAUGUCGGACAUGGACGACUCCACGCAGUACGUCCAGGUGGAGGUCACCAACCUGGUGUACAGCGAGUGAAGUCGAGCCUUCCGCUCGCGUCGACAGAUGGCUCGCCAGUCGGACCGAGCUGUGCCAGCUCCGGCGCGGAGUCUGUGCUGGUCCCAGUGUCUCCGUGUCGUCCGGCGGCCCAGCAGCUUCACCGGCCUUACUCGUGUACAAUGACGCGGCGUGUGGGCACCGGUUGCGGCGCCGGCGGUCGGAACGUCUCGCGAGAGCUGCUCGCCGCGUGGUGUCACGCCGUGCGCCGGCGCGUGUGCGUGACCGCGUUUUGGACCAGUCGUCUGCGUGCUCACCCCAUCCGCUGAGUGUGUGCAUAUGCGUGUGCGUGGCUGCGUGCGCGCGCGUUUUGUUCGUUUUGUUCUCAUCCGCGCUGGCCCGAUGCCAGUCCGCAGGUGGGGCCAUUCCAGUGAUGUUGGACUGGGUGGCGGCCCGCGGCGUCAG